AUGUCUGCUCUUAAAUACAUGCUGGGGAACCAGGUGAAAAUUUAAGAAAUAAAAAGGAAAAAAAAAAUCAGUGAGCUGAAGCCGGGCGUGGUGUACGUGGGGCACCUCCCGCGGGGGCUCUGCGAGCCGCAGAUGCACGAGUACUUCGAGCAGUUCGGGACGGUGACGCGGCUCCGGCUCUCGAGGAGUAAAAAGACUGGAGCUAGCAAAGGCUACGCAUUUAUAGAGUUUGAGUCUGAUGACGUGGCUAAGAUUGUUGCAGACACAAUGAACAACUACUUGUUUUCUGAAAGACUGCUAAAAUGUCAGUUCAUAUCUCCUGAAAGGGUCCAUGAAAACCUCUUCAAAAACUGUAACAAAAUGUUUCUGAAGCCCUCUCAGCCAGCGGUCAGGCGAUACAAUAAGAUACGUUCACUAGUUCAGAAGGCAAAGAUGACAAAGCGGCUGCUGCGAAAGGAGAAACUUUUACGGAAGAGGCUGGCAGAAAAGGGGCUCGAUUAUGACUUCCCAGGAUUUGCUGCCCAGGAGCUUUCCAUAAAAGAAAAAAAUCUUAAAACAUCCAAGAAAUCAAAACUGAAUGUUUCUUUGAGCAGCCAGGAUCCUACUCCAGUCUGUACUCCAACAGUGCUCGAGCGCCGGAAAGCUUCCCAGGUGGAUGAUGAUGCAGAGGAUAAUGAAAUAACUGUCAGACUGCCCCCUGCCAGUGUCAAGAAUGCUGUGCAGAGACCAAAGAAGCAGCCAAGAAAAACCAAACCUGAAGAAACAGAAGUAGACUUAAAAUUGUGA